CGCAGCAGCGACAGGAGGAAAGAGAGAGAGAGACAGAGAGAGAGAAAGAGAAAGAGAGUUUCACCUCCAACAUGGACUGAGACCUGAGAACCGCUCCUAGAUCAGCUGGGACUUCACCUCUGUCACAUCUCCGAAUGACUCGUGGUGAGGUUCACGCAAAUUAAAAUCGGACUGUGAAGUCCAGUUUCUGCCCUCGUCUUCUCCCUUAUGCAAUGACGAAGAAUGACACGUGGCCAGGCGGCGUUGCCAUGGAAUCGUUGAGCAAUAUGGACAGUGCUGGGAGCUGCGAGAGUGUAAUCAGCAUGAACUCUGGCUAUAGUGAAGACAGCAUGGAGCACUUAUCUGCAGAGGAGAGAGCGUGUCUCAUGUAUCUGGAGCAAACCAUCGAGGCACUGGAGGUGCAGGAGGACAGCGGCUUCUCCAACGAUGAACCAGAUGCUGGGUUUCAGGCAGACAGAAUAGGACAGACCAACGUAAAUGACAUUUCCAGUAUCAGACAUUUUCCAGAUCAUGAACCACCGUCGCAUCCUGUUUCAGCAGCGCUCCCAUCAUCGCUGAACCUCAUGACUCCACCCACUGGGUCUCAAAUCCCCCCAUCAGAUCCUCAGUCUGAGGCUCUGUGCGUUACCACAGAUGGAAAUGGUAAUCCCAAGAUUGUCACCAGUUCAGAGCUUCUCCAAGGUCAGUCCAAUGGGGCCUCUGCAAAAGAUCUGGUUCUGAUCCCACCUCCCUCAGACUUCAUGGACAGACCACGCCCUCAUGUGCACCUGGACAAAGCCAGGGACCUUGCUCCGUCUGCAAGGACGUCCAGUAACAAGCCGCGAGGAAAUAUCGACUUAGAACAACUACGUCAGAGAGCAACUGCGAAGAGAACGUCAGGAAGCUUCUCUAUGACCCAGGAAAGUCCAGACAUGCCCCAACCUGAAGGGUAUCCCGGUCUGAGUCCACCAGACGUCACCUCCAGUCCCCAGAUGAGUCCUCAUCCCGAUGCUGCUGGUCCUCAGAUGAGUCCUCCUCCUGAUGCUGCUGGUCCCCACAUGAGUUCUCCUCCCGAUGCUGCUGGUCCCCACAUGAGUUCUCCUCCCAAUCCUGCUGGUCCCCACAUGAUUCCUCCUCCUGAUGCUGCUGGUCCCCACAUGAGUCCUCAUCCCGAUGCUGCUGGUCCCCACAUGAGUUCUCCUCCCGAUGCUGCUGGUGCCCACAUGAGUUCUCCUCCCGAUGCUGCUGGUCCCCACAUGAGUCCUCCUCAUGAUGCUGUUGGUCCCCACUUGAGUCCUCUUCCCGAUGCUGUUGAGCCCAAAAGUCCACCUGCUGUGGCCCCUAAGCCCAAGAAGCUUCCUCCCAACAUUAUUCUGAAGUCACACAAGGCGUCAGCGUCUGAUGGCAACUCAGGGCAUUACGUGGCCUCCAGCAGUGACCGGGUGUUGGACCCAGUCCGCUUUGAGGCUCUCCGAAAGCUCGGCCUGCUAAAAGGUGACGAGGCGGAUCCAGGUCCUACCCUGAGCCCCAGACUGUCUCCCAAAAGUAGAAGCUCCUGGGGAGGUCCUCCUUCUCCACACAAACAGCACUUCACACCAUCUAACACCUAUGUCCACAGCUCACCUCCAGUCUCCGUCCCCCUAGUGUCUCCAGCUGCUGUGCCACCAUCAGUUCAGGUUCCAGAUAUUCUCCCCGCACCUGAUGCUUUCUGUGACUCCCUCGGACCUCUGACGUCAGAUAAUGGACCGUCUGCUGCCGUCGGUGUUUCCGAGGCUGAUGUUCACGCACAGGAGAAAACGCCUCCUCCAACCCCACUUAAAUUAACCCCACCCAGGAUCGUAGGUGUCAAAUCGGCCACCCUGGAGCGCUCCGGCCUGGGUCUAAGCAGCUCUUUUAAAAGUGAAGGCUCCAGCGAGGAUGGCGAUCUGAGCCCCAGGCAGCUGCGUAACAGUCGGCCCCGCCCAGCGUCCCUGGGGAGCGGGAAGGAGUUUUCAAGCACUCAGGGAGAGGUGGUCACCCAUCAAGAGCCCGAAUACCGGAGGUCCCUGCAGGUCCCUCGGAGGUCCCUGCCGGCCCCCACCACCUAUCAGCACUCCAGAGACUCUCACAAGCUGCCUCGAUCCCAAGGCAUCAGCGUGCUGAUCUGCCCCCGCUCAGAAAAUGAAGAGGACCGCCGCCAGGCCCUGAAGAAGCUGGGGCUCCUCAGGGACUGAUGCCUCGUACACGUCGUCUACUCGUCUCCCUGCAGACUCUCUUUCAUACACGUGACGAAGGCAUCGCAAACCUCUCGGGAAGCAGCUCUACUACAUAUUUAUGCUUGAACCUUGACCUGAAUACUGUCAUUCACACUUCUUACGUCCACUUGUUACUGAUAUUGUACAGUGUUUUUAUUUCUCCUUCAUCUGGCAAGAACUGUUUGGAUCUUCCUGACUCUCUCCCUGUCUCUGUGGUGUUUCUUGUAAAUUAAAUGCUGUUACUGUCAAAGAGGCAAUAAUAAGUUGUAAUUUUAAUUUUGUCUCGUGUUCUGCAGGUAUGAAUCGUCUACAUCACUGUCUGGUUUCACAGGCUCUUCACUGGCACCAGUGUGAGGCUGGUUCCCAUCGAACUUCUGCUUUUCACAAACUUUAAAGGUCACUUGGGUUUAUACUUACUACCCAAACUUCUCUGGAAGGUUUAGUCUGGUUUUGUUUCAACGAGCACUGGGCUAAUAUUCAAGUUUAAUUAUGAUUGAAUCAAACCUAUUUAUUAUGUGUAGUUUGGUUUAUAAAUGAAGGAUUUUGAUGUUGAAUGGAUUUGAAUGCAAACAGUACAUUGUGCUUUUCUAGGUUAUAGUUCACUGAGACUCAAUGCAAAUAGCCCCAGGCCGCCCAGUGAUAAGAAUCCGAGACACGAGGAUUUCCAAACACCGGAGCAGUGUCAGUGUGCAUCUGACGUACAUGAGCUGAUUGAACUAGUGUUAUUUUGUGCCUUGUAAGAUCAAAUUUCUCGACCACACUCUGUCCUGCGUUACUCACAAGUGACAAAUGUGACCACGUGACGGCCUCGCGUCAAAUCACACACAGAGGAGCCUGUUUUCUGGCUCAGCUUCAGCACCUUUAUCUGAUGUGAUGGUGAGAGGACUGGUGCGACCUGUUUCUCUCAGCUCCUGCCUCAGCCAUUGUGCAACACCUCCGCUGCUCCUGCUGGCACAUUUAUGAGCCGCCGGGCCGCCUGUCUGGAAAAAAGCUUUUUAUCACUGUUGCAGGCUUUUAGAGACAAAUAGAUUUGCUCUUACCUGUAAUUUGUUUUCUUGAUCACACCCAACAUUUCCUCUCUGCGUGUGUUUCCAUCUAUAAAGAGAAUAUUUCCAUUCUA